AUGUCGCUGGUGUUGCUGAGUUUGGCUGCGCUGUGCCAGGGUGCCCUGUCCCAGGAGCCGACGAUUCAGUGUGGCUCUGAGAAUGGACCGUCUCCAGAGUGGCUGGUCAGUCACACUCUGACCCCAGGAGACUUGAGGGACCUUCGAGUGGAACCUGUUGUAACGAAAAGCUCUUCAAUUUUGAUGAACAUUAGCUGGAUACUCCGAGCAGAUGCCAGCAUCCGCUUUCUGAAGGCCACCAAGAUCUGUGUGUCGGGCAAAAGCAACGUCCAGUCCUACGGCUGCGUGAGGUGCAAUUACACAGAGGCCUUCCAGACUCAGACCAGACCCUCUGGCGGCAAAUGGACGUUUUCCUACAUUGGUUUCUCUGUGGAGCUGAACACUCAAUACUUCAUUGGGGCCCAUAACAUCCCCAAUGCAAAUAUGAAUGAUGACAGCCCCUCACUGUCUGUGAAUUUCACCUCACCAGGCUGCCUAGACCAUCUAAUGAAAUACAAAACUCAGUGCAUCCAGGCAGGCAGAAGCGUGCUCAAUGGCUGGCUGCCUCUCCUCCUGGCCCCACUGGCCGCCCUGUGGAUGCUGGCGGUUGGGAUCUGUCUCCUGCGGAGGCAUGAAAGGAUCAGUACUUCCUUCCCCACCACCACGCUAUUGCCCCCCAUUAAGGUUCUUGUGGUCUACCCACCCGAAAUAUGUUUCCAUCACACAGUCUGUAACUUCACUGAGUUUCUUCAGAACCACUGCAGAAGCGAGGUUAUCCUGGACAAGUGGCAGAGAAAGAAAAUAGCCGAGAUGGGUCUGGUGCAGUGGCUCACCACGCAGAAGCAAGCCGCGGAAAAAGUCAUUUUCCUUCUUUCCAAUGAUGUCAACCCCGUGUGUGAUGGCACCUGCGGCAAGAGCAAGGGCAGCCAUCAUGAGAACGCCCAAGACCUGUUUCCCCUGGCCUUCAACCUCUUCUGCAGCGACCUGAGGAGCCAGACUCAUCUGCAAAAAUACCUAGUGGUCUACUUUAGAGAGGCUGAAACCAAAGACGAUUACAAUGCUCUCAACGUCUGCCCCCGGUACUACCUCAUGAAGGACGCUGCCGCUCUCUGCACGAAACUGCUCCACGCUGAGCGGCAAGCGUUGGUGGGGAAAAGGCUGAAAGCCUGCCACAGCCUCUCCUCCGUGUAG